UAUAAAAGGUAAAAUAACCUGUGCGCGUGGGCAUUCUUGAUAAACCGAAGCCCACCGAUUAACCAGUACAGGAUACAAUUUUUAGUUUCGCACCGGCUUUAAUUCCACGAAGUUUUGUGUUUGUAUCGAACUCGGCAUGUUAAAAAUAUCAAUAAAAUAAUAUCGUGUUUGUUUUGGGUGUUUGUAAUAACUAGAAACUGAGGCUAGCAAGAUUGAUGCUGCGUAAAGGUGAUUGAAAACGAUAUUAAAUCUCAUUUAAUUCGAUUCGAAAUGCCUACUAAAAACCCAGGUCUACAUCUUUUCACGAAAACGUGGCAUACCAACAACAAAUUAAAAGACGCAGAAGAAAAUAAGAGGCCGCUUACAGCUACAUUGGACAAACCGACUGUUUUAGAUAUAAGAUUAAUAAGAAAAAUCGACAUGAGCAAAAUUAGAAAAGAAUUUUUGAAUAUUUCGAAUCUGUGUCGUAUACCGAUGUUGUUGUAUAAUUGUAAACCACACAGACCUCGGAGUCUUCCACCGCCGAUUAUGAACAAAAAAAAGAAGAAAAAUAAAUCCGACAUAGAUGACACUAGUGUCGAAGAAGAAAGUAUCAAAAGUGACAGAAUAGCAGGAAGACGUGCGUCAAAAUUGAAAAGUAUUACCGUACAACGAACUGUGAAAAACUGUGAUAAAAAUAAUAAUAAUAAUAAUAAUAAAUCUAUCAGGGUACCUCGUAAAAAUAAAGACAAUACACACUCAAACGAGAAGAAACGAAUUGGUAGUCCUAGCGACGCGAAAUCGACAAAACUUCCGCAACCUUGUAACUCUUGUGGAAGGUCGGAUCAACCUGAAAGAUUACACAGUCAUCCCGUUGCAUCGAUCAAAUUAGUCAGCUCUCCCAAACAACAAGUAAAAAGUACAGUGCAAAAGCCCGUAGCUAUAAAAUAUAAAUCGAAAGGAAAGGAAAAACCCGAACGAAAACAAUCUCCGAAACACGAACAACCCCUUCCGUCUCAAAAUAUCGUCCAUUCCAAUCCGACUUCGGCUAAUAUGUUAGCGUCGAGGAGAUUGGAAAUUGUUAAGAAAAACCGAGAAAAUAACGAACGUAGAAUUGGAUCUGGGAAACGUACAUUGACGUGUUACAUUUGUGGACGAGAAUACGGUACUGCGUCCUUGAAAUUACACGAACCGAAAUGUUUAGAGAAAUUAGAACGUGAAAAUGAUAAUUUACCGGUACAUUUAAGAAGAAAACCACCCGUAAAACCUACAGCAGCCACUACCACCGACGAAUGGAACGAAUUAGCGUGGGAAGCUGCGCAGUCAAAUCUUGUACCUUGUCUUAAUUGCGGAAGAACAUUUUACCCAGAUAGACUUAUAGUUCAUCAAAGGAGCUGUAAAGCACUAUCGGUGAAAGACGGUAAAUUAACGAAUCAAAGCCAUUUAAUUACGCCAAUAACCGCUCCGUCGAAUCGUCCUUCGACCGCGAUCCAAUGCGAAGAGACAUCGGCAUGUUACAUUUGUGGUAAAAAUAUGAGUGUGGAAGUUUUAAAAGCGCACGAAAAGCAAUGUUUCGAACGGUGGGUCGAAGGAAAUUACGCCCCGAAGAAAAAUAAAAAUCCGCAAUCGUCAAUUCACAAAAAAGCAUCAUUUCCCGACGAAAAUACUUCUCUUAAAAGUAAUUCGUCCUCACCGAUGCACGGUCGACCGGUUUCCUCGAAGAAACCUCCUUUGUUUCCUUGUUACAUUUGCAAAAGAUUGUUUAGUGCUAAUUCGAUUUGUUUUCACGAACCGCAAUGUUUGAAAAAAUGGAAAAUUGAAAAUGAAAAAUUGCCUCAAAAUAAAAGAAAACAACCACCUUCGAAACAGGAAAAGUAUAUACUUGAUGGUAAUAUCGAAAAAGGUUUUAAAGAAACUUCUGAAAUACCUUGGCAGGAUCAUUUGAGUCAACUAAUACCUUGUAAAUUUUGCGGAAGGACCUUUAAUCCUGAUAGAGUAGGAAUUCAUGAAAAUAGUUGUAAGGGGAAAUAAAUUUUCAUAGAAAAAUCUGUUUUCUUUUACAACUACUUCGCAUUUUAAAAAAGUAGGGUAACAUUUUUAAAUCCAGAUCGAAAUACCGUAUACUUUGGAAAAAAGAUGAAAAAAAUUUAUUUUUCGAAAUACAGAAAACGUGUGUUGUACUAAAUAUUGUUUUGCUACUUAAUUUGUUAACAUAAAAAAAGUGAUAUCGGGGUGUUAUUUUUAUAUAAUUUAAUUGAUACUAAUAAAUGAUAUUCUGAAUACCUA